UGUUCAGCCCUCUCUGCUCUGCGGGGGGGUUACAGCCAUACACCGCGAUACACGGACAAAUAUCCUCCCGUUCAGCCCUACCAGCCGCUCCGCUCCGGCAGCGUUAGUGUUUAUGUAACUGCGUGUUGAACUCGGCUAACGGCGUUAGCUGCAGCUGCGACACGAUCUCUCCACCUCCAUGAAUAUUACAUCGAGUAUUGGCGUUGAUUAUUGGGCGUUUUCUGACUUAAACGUGAUAUAUCCGUCAGUCUGGAGAUAUAUUGAUGUGUAGUUCCCGAACCUCGAGGACGACCCAGACCAGACUGCUCCGAGCCCUGCAAGCCCCCGCCGUCUGGACGCUUUCUGAGUGUUUACCUGCACCUUUUUACCCAUCCAGAGACCCUGCUGCAAUCGAUACUCCUCCGCUAACGACCACCGUUCACUGCGGCAGUUAGACGAUCAGCGUUGUUUAUGUCUUUGUUUUGCGAAAACGAGCUGUUGCGCAGCCGUUGGAACCUGUGUGGUGGAAAUCUAGCCUUCAAACAAGGAGCUUGCAGCCACAGCGGCACAGCGUUUUUCAUGUCAGAGACCGAGCGCGCUUGCAGUUGUUUAUGUCAUCCCCUCUUUUCCAGACAGAAGAUCCCGAAAAAUCCCCAACCAAGAUCUUUUUAUCUUACUGAUAGUACCAACAUCCAGCCAAAAUGUCUGUCAACGUCAACCGCAGCGUGUCAGACCAGUUCUACCGCUACAAGAUGCCCCGUCUGAUUGCCAAGGUGGAAGGCAAAGGGAAUGGAAUCAAGACGGUCAUUGUCAACAUGGUUGAUGUUGCUAAGGCGUUGAACAGGCCUCCGACAUACCCAACCAAGUUUUUUGGUUGUGAACUUGGCGCUCAAACCCAGUUUGAUACCAAAAACGAUCGUUACAUCGUCAACGGAUCCCACGAGGCGAACAAGUUGCAGGAUAUGCUUGAUGGGUUCAUCAGAAAAUUUGUGCUGUGUGCUGAGUGUGAAAACCCUGAAACUGACCUGCAUGUCAAUCCCAAGAAACAAACCAUUGGAACUUCCUGCAAGGCCUGUGGAUACCGUGGCAUGCUAGACACCAGACACAAACUCUGCACGUUCAUCCUCAAAAAUCCACCUGAGAGCAGUGAUAGUGGAUCGGCAUCUGUAAAGAAAGAGAAGGAGAAGAAGAACCGCAAGAAGGACAAGGAGAAUGGCUCUGGGAGCGGAGAGGCUGGAAACGACGGAGGCAUUGAUGCUCCUCAAGCUGUGGAUGGAGAUGACGAUGAUGAAGACUGGGCAGAGGAAACUACAGAGGAAGCACAGAGGCGGCGCAUGGAGGAGAUCAGCGACCACGCCAAGAACCUGACGCUUAGCGAGGACUUGGAGAAAUCCCUGGAGGAGAGAGUCAACCUGUUCUACAGCUUUGUAAAACAAAAGAAGGAGAGUGGAACCAUCGAUGGAGCUGAUAAGGAGAUCUUGGCAGAGGCCGAGCGUCUGGAUGUGAAGGCCAUGGGGCCCCUCAUCCUCAGCGAGCUGCUCUUCAACGAGAACAUCCGAGACCAGGUCAAGAAGUACAAACGCCACUUCCUGCGGUUCUGCCACAACAACAAAAAGGCCCAGAAGUAUCUGUUGGGAGGCUUUGAGUGUGUGGUGAAGCUGCAUCAGGUGCAGCUGCUGCCGCGCGUGGCCAUCAUCCUCAAGGACCUUUACGAUGCCGACCUGGUGGAGGAGGACGUCAUCUUUGCCUGGGCGGAGAAGGUUUCUAAGAAGUACGUCUCCAAGGAACUUGCCAAAGAGAUCCAUGCCAAGGCUGCUCCUUUUGUUAAAUGGCUAAAGGAGGCCGAAGAGGAGAGUGAGGGGAGCGAGGAAGAGGAGGAAGAUGAUGAAAAUGUUGAGGUGGUGUACUCUUCCUCGGCCCGGGAACUCAAAGUGGAGACUGUGAAACCAGACACACCCGAGAAAGAAGAGGACGACAUUGACAUUGACGCGAUCUGAGACUGAUGCUUUUGUUUUGAGGCUUUGACUCUGUAUGACCUAAAUGGCUGGCCUUUUCCCUUCCUCAUCCCAUCACUCUGCAAAUCCUGCUCUGCUUUAUGGCAUGACUUAAUAUAGCGCUUUACUUGCUACACAGUAAUUCUGUAAUUUGAGAUUUAUUUAGUUGGCUAAAUGAAGUCGCUUUGGGGAUUUUAAUCAUUGGUGUUUUUGGGAUCAUUUUGACUGCACUUUUGUUUUUUCUUUUCAUUUGUUGGGGGUUCCCUGUAUUUUUCCGGUCAAUAAAGAAUGUUUUGCUAUCCACCUGA